UUGACGAAGACGUAACGGUUUAAGUCCGUCGGAACCGCCGGUGAGGUAGUUGUCAGUUAUGGCGGCCGUGUUGGGGAUGUCGAUGCUGUUGAAGGGCACGUUUCUCACGUCUCCACUAACCGAUGUGUGGGUUACCUCCAAACUGGACUGUAUUUCUAAAUGCUACAUGCAGGUCAACUGCUCUUCAGUGUUCUACAAUAGCAACACCCAUCUCUGUCAGCAUGGCCCGGAUGUGUAUGGAGACAGCCAGCUGACUGCUGCAGCUGACGGGACGCAGUACUUCAUCUGGACAACAGUGGCCUGUGGCAAUGGCUACACGUGGCACCGUCGACUGAACCUGUGCUACAAGCUGUACGAGACAAAGAGGACCUGGUUCGUUGCUAAGAGUACGUGCGUGACUGACACCGGACACCUCAGCAGAGUGGACAACGCAGACAUGAACAUGUUCAUGAACGCUGUCGCAGAAAACCUUGGUGGUGCAGUUUGGUCGGAUGCCUCUGACAGACAGACGGAGGGAACCUGGGUGUGGUCAAAUGGUUCUGUGGUCAACCGCUUCUUCUGGGACGACGGACAACCUGCAGCAGGUGACACGAUUCAAAGCUGUCUCAUUAUUCGCCAUUAUGGUGGACCAAACCGUUGGCAUGACUUCAACUGUAGCAGUUUUCGAGCGUUUGUUUGUCAGCUCCCAAUGUCAGAAAUCAGCAAUUGUUGAUAAAGAUAACAUUCAUGCACUUCAGAAACACAUCCUUCUCCAUCCAUCCUCAUCCUUCUCCAUCCUUCCCCAUCCUUCUCCAUCCUUCUCCAUCCUUCUCCAUCCUUCCCGAACCUUCUCCAUCCUUCUCCAUCCUUCCUUCUCAUCC